UGUAAAAAUCACAAUUGAGAGCGGACGUGUUUUUUGUUUGCUGCACAACGUGCCAGGAUAUUUGCAACUCGUAUUUUUUAAGUUAGUUUUGUGCACUCGGCAUUACGGGAUCAACAGCAAAGUAAGACACAAGUGUGUUUUUGUGUUGUGUGAAUAUGCAUAGUUUAUUCCCCUUUUUUUUAACAUCAAAACUUUUUUGAAUCAAAAAAAAAAUAAAUAAAUAAAAAAAAAACAAAGUAGGCGACGACGAAUUUGUUACUGAAACAUUUUAAAAUUGCAAAUUUAUAUCAACUUUUUUUUUUUUUUGUUUUUAAUGGUUUUUGCCAGCGAUAAAAUACGUAAUAUAUAUUUUCCAUAAAAAUAAGUCAAAUUGUGUGUGGAGUGCGAGUGUUUUUAGCACAAGCGCGGGAAUUUUUGAAGCGUGUUUUGGUUGUGAACGUUUUUCUUUUUUUUUUGGUUUUGGUUUUUCAUACAAUUUCAAUUUCAAAUAAGUGCGCACAAAACGCACAGCAAAAAAAAUAUCCAAUAAACCAUUUCUGGCGCCUGUUGAUUGAAAUGCAACACGCGCAAAGCAAUAACAAUAACAACAACAACAACAAUAACGAACUACAACUUAACUAGCAAAUAUCAAAAUUUUCAAGAAGCCAUAACAACAACAACAAACAGUGCAAAUACAACAACAAUAAAUACGAAAAGCAAAAGCAAAAAAAUCAACGCAAUAAUUUCAACCAACAAUCAAAGUCAACAACAACUAAAAACGUCAGUCAGCAAAAAAAAGAAAAUUUAAUAUAUAAAAAAACGUCCAGCAAAUUAAUAACAGCAGCAAAGAAAAAACAACAAAGAUAAAGAAUUUGUUUUUGCACUGUCCAGUGAAAUACGAGAGUGCGAGAGAGCAAAGAGAGAGCGGACAAGCUGAAGGAGAAGAAUUAGCAGGAGCAACAAAAUAAAAACAACAACAACAUGUCUGCGACAAUUGUGCAAAAAUCAACGGCAACCGCAAAUAUCGUCGGCAAUUCACAUUAUUUCGAGUGCAGCGACAUUUUCCAAGCGGUUGUCAGUGAUCUGCAGCAGCAGCAGCAACCGGAGCACAUCCUGAUGGACGCCAACAUGGAGCAACAACAACAACAGCAAAGCGACAAGGAUCAACAACAGUUACUGCAGCAACAACAACAACAACACCAGCAGCAGCAACAGCAACAACAUCAUCAUCGCUUGCAUAGCGCUCUCACUCGCACAAUUUCACAGCCAACACAGCGUCAGGUGAAUCAAUUGACUCAACAACAACAACAACAGCAGCAACAGGCGCCAAAUGCAUCCCUGGUUACCAUCAUUGAGGAUCUGAACAGCAUGAAUCUGCAUCGCAAACUGGAGCGCACGCAGUCGGAGCCGCUGCCGCCGCAGCAGCCAAUGAAUACAUCGCGCUACAAGACGGAGCUGUGUCGUCCCUACGAGGAGGCUGGCGAGUGUAAAUACGGUGAAAAGUGUCAAUUUGCGCACGGUUAUCACGAGUUGCGCAACUUGCAGCGUCAUCCCAAGUAUAAAACCGAAUAUUGUCGCACUUUUCACAGUGUUGGCUUUUGUCCCUAUGGGCCACGUUGUCACUUUGUGCACAAUGCGGACGAGGCACGUGCGCAGCAACAACAACAACAACAACAACAACAACAACAACAACAACAACAACAACAGCAGCAACAACAACAACAACAACAGGCAGCUCAGGGCAAAACGUUCCAGAAGCCAACGCAGCUAACAAGCAACAACAACACUGGAAACAACAGCAACAACAAUACAAACAACAACAACAACAACAUUAGUCAAUACUUUUUACCGUUGAGUCCGCCGCUGAGCAUGAGCACCGGUUCUGAUCGGGAAUCCCCCACCGGUUCCCUGUCUCUCUCCCCCACAAAUUCGCUCACAAAUUUCCCAUUCCACGAUGCGGCUGCAUUUAUGAAUAUGCCCAACAGCAACAAUUGCAACAACAAUAGCAACAGCAACAACAACAACAACAAUGGCUGCUCUUCAGCUUCGUCAACAUCUUCGGCUUGUGGCCUGACGCCUGCCACGCCCCCCGAUAGCCCAAAUGCGCCCAUUUCACCGGUGCACACGCCACCGCCAACAGCAACAGCAACAACAGCAGCAGCAACAGCAACAACUGCCGCAACAUCUGGUGUUGCAGCAACAUUGUUUGACAACAACAAUGCUGUGAAACACAUGUUGCAGAAGAGCAUGAGCACACCAAUGCAACAUCAACAUCAACAUCAGCUGCAGCAACAUCUCGUGUUGCAGCAGCAUCAGCAACAGUUGCUGCAACAUGAGGAGGCGCCACGUUUGCCCGUGUUUAAUCGCUUAAGCUCCGCUGUGGAGAUUUAUCACUCCAAUCUGGGACUCUAGAGAAGAAUUCGGAAGAAUUUCUUCAACUCAUUUACCCCUCCCCCACUCCCCACUCCUCCUUCUAUGACAACUAUUGACAAAAUCUCAACAACCAACAACAACAAAUAUAAAUUAUUUCUUAUCAUUCCCUCUCACUCCCACUCUACACUGACUACACACUCUUUCCCCCCCUCCUCCACCACCCCUAUGACAAUCAAUCAAUCAGUCAGUCAAUCAAUCCUGUCGAUUGUCUCUCUCAUUCACUCGUUAAAAGCAACAAGAUCUUUUGGCAAUACACAAAGUGCAUAAAAACUUGCAACAUAACUAUCGAUAUACAUAUAAUAUCGAUAUACAUAUUUAUCGAUAUACAUAUAAAUUUAGAUAUAUUUAUAUACAUACACAUAUUUACACUAAAAAACAAAACUAGCGCUCUUUCUGCCCAAAACGUAAGCUCAAAAAAGCUUGCUCAAUUCUUUUAUAUAUAUAUAUCUAUAUGUAUAUCGAUUAUUGUAUAUACCCAUACACCUAUAUAUAUCUAUAUAUAUAUAUAUAUAUAUAUAGAAAACCCAACUGGACACUUGCUCAAUCAUUUAUAUAUUCAUAUUUAUAUAACCAUGUCUAAUUUUUACACAUUUUGCACAUAUCUAUUGCAUUUAUCGAUUAAUUAUCGAUAUUCAAUUUAAAAGUCUUCCCCUCACCCAAAAACACUCCUCCCACUCUCUUUCCACAAGUGUUUAUGCACUUUGUCGCUUUUGUUUAAUAUAUUUAUAUA